CAUUGGGCCCAAUGCUUCGAAGCCGAAACCACAGCCAUCAAAGCCUGCUAGCAGGCAGCAGAGCAAGCAGCAAUCAUCCCCUGAUGUGGUUGAACCUCCUGACGGGGGGUCUGAAGGAGGUACUGGUUUCGAACUUGAAGGCAAAGAGGUUGACGAUCUUAUCAAAGACAUUUUGAAGCGCAACCCAGCCCCAGACGGUGCUGACAACAUGGAUAAUGAUGAGUAUGAACCAAGUUUGCCUUCUGAGGAAUCCAACAAUGACUUUGACAUCGAAGAUUCCGACGGUGAGAAUGAAGAUUAUUCUGAAUGGAUCACUGCUGCAGGGGCCUGGUUGGACCAGGCAGAAGCAGAUGCGCUUUUCAGAGGGGGUGACACAGGUGACCAGCUGCUUGAAGAAGUUGGAUUUGACCAGGUUGCUCCAAGCGCGCCCAGAGUGGACGGCCAGGGCUGCCAGGACCAAACCGACCAGGUCGACGUGAUCACGCAAUCGUCAGAUCAGCCUGUGUCACAAGGUGGAGAUUCCAUUGUUCCAGGUGUUUGCACUGAGUCCUCUCAUCCACCUGAAGCAAUGCGUGUUGAUGACAUGCCAUUGACCAGCCUUCUUGGCGGAAACGACAGCAGUGGAAAAGGAGCAGAUGGCAAUGACAGCGAAACCGAUUCGAGCGCUCCCAGCAGCAGUCUCAACCUGUCUCAGCUGUCAGACAUCAGCAUCAAGCGAAAUAGUGAGGGAAAGAUAGUGGUGGGGGAUUCACCUCACAGUUCUCGAGCAAGUUCCGACGCAGAUGAUAUUCCACCUCCCCCUAAGCCAGCUGUGGAACCAAAGGCCAGCGCCAAAACCAAGGUUGCCAAGCCUGCUGCAGACCGAGUGCCUGACAUUCGUUUCGAUUACACUGCCAACGGUUCAAUCCGCUACAAUGUGAAGGCUUGCAACCUAGCCAUUUGUGAUGCUCGCUCUACUUAUCCGCCAGUGGAUUGUCUCGACAUCAUGAUGAGCAAAGCGGAGUACGAGCAGGCGACAACGGCAGCUUCAGCAACUGCAGCCAACCGCAACUAUGGUGCCAAGGACCCUGGGGAGAGGUUCCUGACUUGGAAAAAGGAGUCUUUGACCUUUAGGGACAAGGUUGGUGUCUCUCCAACUUUCAGUCCUUGGACAUCGCGACCUGGGUUUGAGGGACGGGGACUCAGUCGCAGCGCCCGUGUCUUGGACCUGGUGAACUGCAUUGCCAUUCAGAAGCUGGUAACUUCAAACACUACUGCUGAGAACUUGGAAUCUGAGCUGAAGCACACCAUGCUGGAUUACAGCCAGUCCCACGCUCGCAGGUCUGCCACCCAUGCUGACAAGCACCGGUGCCUCACCACCAGCACCACCCUUUAUAGCUAUGGGCUGGAUCGUGUGGUUCUCCCACUUGAGACAUUGUGGUGGCAAGGCUUUCCUCGAAGCUUGAAGGUCCCACAGCAGGUCUCAUCCAGCGACAUCAAGGAGUUCGCCGGGGAGGGAAUGACGCUUCCUUGCUUGGCUACUAUCCUCCUCUCUCUGAUCUGGAACGUUGACUAUGGGCAAGGCAAGUAAUGAGGCAGGCUCUUCUUUGGAGUGAGAGCAGUCAGACUUUUUUUGUAGCAGCGAGCGGCGGGCUCCGAAGCAUGGAUGAAUGAUUA